AGCAGAGCGCCGUGGUGCGUUCAAACGAUUGGGAAUCUUAGAAGAAGAACCGAACCCCAAACAAACCGUUCACAUGUCCGCGAGCUAAAGCUAACUUACAUCUGUUUGGGAAAACGUUUGUUUGUUACUAAAGAUGGAUGAAGAACAUACAGUAAGUGUUCUCUAUAUAGAGCUGUUACUUUUUUUUAAAUGUGAAACUUAAAACUAUACUGCAGUGUUAAGGGUAACGAUAGGAACAUGUAGAUGAAACAGCGCAGUUUUCUAGUCUGUCAACCAAACUCCAUGGAAUUAUUCGUCCAUUUUAAUGCAGACAAACAUGUGACAGCCUAACUUAAACUUCAUUCUAGAUGUAUUUAUAUGAUUUAGACUGUACAGGCUAACAUCCAGCUCAUGAUUACGGAGUGAAUGAAUUGAGAAAUACUUUUUAAAGCGGUAUUUUUGAGGCAAACCCUAUGUUUUUAGCCUGUAUCUAUAAGAAAAACGACUUAAAUAUCCCAAUAGCCGAAAGAUAAUAAUGCCGAAUUAACUAGUAAUUUAAAAAGAUAACUUAAUGACGGUUUUACCGGUUACUGCAAUUAUCUUUACCAGCCGAUAGUAUGACUUUGUAUUUCUGUAAGGGGGUACCGUAGAGACAUGUAAUACGUGUUAAGGGGGAAUUGUAGAAGCUUUAUGAAUGUAUGAGUUUAGAUAUCUCGCUAAAAUAACUUUGCCUAAUUAAGUGAGUUGUUUGUCGUUACAAUAGUUGUGAAUAUGAUGAAAGAACAUUUUGUUCUCUUUCCAGAAGUGACAGGAGCAGUAACAGCUGAGCAGAUUUACUGGGAUUUAAAGGGUUUUUAGGUGACAGGUUAAUCAUGACAUUUAUCAUGUAAGCUGAAAUAACAUAUUACAGUUUGUGUUAAGGAGUCACAGUUAAACACAGCGAAAUCAUUUUCUUUCUCAGGUGUAAUUCAAAUUAAGGUUCUUUUACUUUGUUUUUAAAUGUCUUAAUGGUCUUGGGCCUUCUUAUCUUAUCUUAUGAACCUUCACGGACCCUGCGCUCCUCUGGCAGCAGGCUCCUAGUCAUUCCAAAAGUCAGGACACAUACUCAUGGCGAGGUGUCUUUUCAAUAUUAUGGCCCUCGUUCAUGGAACAGCCUGCCAGAGGACCUCAGGGCCACAGAGAACGUUCAUGUUUUUAAGAGCAGGCUCAAGACCCACCUUUGUCGCUUAGCUUUUAACUGAUAGUUGUUUUAUCUUCAUUUAUUCUAGUUAGCCUAGGUUUAUUUUAGGUCUGUCCUUUUAUCAUUUUUAGGACCUCCAGUGUUUCCUCUGAGGGAGCCCUCAGCACCGGGAGCAGUGGUUGCUUGUGGUUGCAGGGGCCGGCCACGGGGUUCCUGGCGGAGGUUGCUGUCUGACACAUUCCUCCACUGGCCCCAUGUCGGUGUCCUGUGGCUGUGAGCGGCUCUCUGCUCCUAGUGCUGACGGCUCCUCUGAUGGUGCCUUCCCAACUGGUCCAUCUGUACUCAGCCUCAUGCCCAUUCUCUUUAUGUGUGUAUGUGCGGGUGCGUUGGCGUGUGUGCAUGUGUGUGUGUGUAGGUGGGGGGUGGGGUUGGGGGGUAAGGGAGCAUCUGGGAUCAUAUUUUGUUUUUGUUUUUAACAAGACUGUAAAGCACUUUGAGUCACAUUCCUGUAGGAAAAGCGCUUUAUAAAUAAAGUUUGAUUGAUCGAUUGAAAUUAAUGGCCAUACUUGUUGUCUGUCUGUCUGUGUUUGUAGGCGGAUUACAGGGAGCCCUGUGCUCAGUGUUCAGCUGUGGACUGGGGGAUUUCAGAUGAGGGUCAUUUCUACUGCAAAUCCUGCCACAAUGUCAUCGAGGUAAACUAUAACAGCUCAACACUAAUAACAAAGAACAGUUGAAGCGUCUCUUGUGAAUUCAAACCAGAGUCCCUGUUAAGUAGCAUUUUAUCUACAACCCUGACAGGAUCAAACGGAUUACUGUGAUACAAAAAAAGUAAUAAGCAUGGGAAAUUUUAAUAAUUAUGUAAUAAUCUUCAUACUGAGAGCAAUCCCCAUUACAAGUGUUUUACAAGGCAAUGGAAAGAAAAAUGCAGAAAAAUGUAUUUCCAGCCCACGGUGCAAAGAUAUAGAGAAUAAUUUAAAAUAUAUUCAAAAAAGUACAAUAAAAAAGAAUGUAAUACAGUAGAAAAGGGCUACAUGUUUCAUUCCUAAGUCAAAAAUAUUUGGUUGUUUUUGAUCAGUAUGUCUACUUCAUUUGUCUGCAUCAAGGCUAAACCAGUUUCACUCAGAUUGGUAAAAUCCUUCAUGAAGAUUUUAAGUUUUUUUUUAUUGGUUUAUAAACUUAAAGAUGAGAAAUGUAUUUUUACAGCAAAAUAUUCUGUUGAGUAUAAAAUAGCAACAGCUUUUAAAAUUUACUUAACUUUCACUUAAAUUUUUGUCACUCUUGUUUGACUCUGACUGCAGAACUGUUCUCUGUCAAUAGGGGGCAGUUUUGUCUGUUUUAACAUGUAAAUAUAUCCUUCCAUCCUCAGAGAACCAAAGAGGUGGAUCCAACCUUCAUCGCCGGCGCCAAUAAGAUAAACUCCAUGAGAGCAAGAUCCAGAAACAAAGGCAGUGGUAAGUAAAUAAUCAAGCUUGGUCUCAGUUAGGCAGAAGAAACUAACUGCAUUUACUCAAAUUACUGUGAGAAGUACCUUGUUUGAGUAUGUGUACUUUCCUGAGUAGUUUUUAAAACCAGUACUUUUACUUUCACUGAGGUUUUUUUCUGUUUAAAGUAUUUCACGUUGCCAUAGUUAAAAAUAGAAUGAGUACUGAGAAGAAAUAAAGCCAAAAGCAUACACGACAAGCACUUCAACAACUGCAUGACGGUAAGCUGAUUGGAUUUUGUCCACACUGCAAAAAUGAAAUAAAAUCUCAUUUGCAGCAAAAAUAUCCCAUUGUAAAACUUUCCUCUCUGCACAGCCAGCCUAAUUUUGGUGUUCAGGGACCAUCUUCAAAGUGCAAUCACGAUGAAUUUCGACUGAAGUUUGCGUCUACAUUGGAUUUAGCAUGUUUUUUAAAGUCUGCAUGGUGAUGUUAGGUAUUUGAACUUAUUAACGGGCUGUACGAGAAAGUGCGAUAACAUAGCAGUUAGCUAACAGUAAAGCCAAGGGAAGUCUGUCCACGAUACGAUUCACGGAAAGUUUCUGCCUGUUAUUAUAACAUCAAAAGCUAAAGAUAAACUACGCCUUGGCUUCUUAAAGUGUCUACAAACGACAAAUUUAAAAAUCCAGUGUUGCCGUAUUGCUGAAACAAUUAUAUUUUAGAACAUUUAAUUUGACAUAGGCAUGCUGCAUGCGAAUUAUAAGUGGUUUUGAGAGUAGAUUAUUAUUUCACUUUAUCUUAAAUCAAAUAUUUUGGGUCACAGAGUAAAAAAAAAAUUAGGGGCAGAGAGAGAUUCCUGCUUCUUUAUCUGAUGUCAGUCACGUCCCUGCAUUUUAAAUUCCAACCUUAUCUGCAUUGUGAUAAACAGUGACAGCCUUGAACAUAUCAAAAGAAUGCUGGAGCUAAUUUCUGUCAAAGAUGUGUUAAAAAAAAAAAAAGACUUCUCAUAUGAAUCCACAGGUGUCCUCAGUUAAGUGUUAAAGACACUGUUGGUGUGUUUUCAGGACACAGUAGGUGGCAGUGGAUGGUCUGUGAAGGUUUCCAGUUCAUCCUGAUGAAGCAGGCUGACGCUCUGCUCAGAUUGGGAGUCCAACAACAAUUCAAGGUCUGACUUUUAUUAAUCAGCUGAGAGUGAACCCUGAAGACACAAACAUCAGCGUGAUGUGUAACACAGCUGUGUUGUUUCAGGAUAAGGUGCUGUGUGAGCUGUGGAGGCUGUACCUGCAGAAGAGUAACCUGGCUUACACACACACUCCAAUGGAGGGCUUCAAACCGGUCAGUUUUUAGAGUUCACAGAUUUGAUGCUGCUUCUUUCUUUAAGAGUUUGCUGUUGUAUUUCUUCCCUCAGUGACACUGUUGCUUUUUUCUGUUUUUACAGAGACAUCCAGCCUCAGACUCGGACAGCGCCCCUGAAUCAUCUCAGACGUCAGCUUUUGAAACAGAAGAGGAAGAGGCAAACCUGCCGGGCUCAGCCGGAUCAAACAAUGGUACUAGAGACGGGAACUCGAGUUUUUCAUUUGAAUUUGAGUCCCACAUUAAAAUGACUUGAGGUUUGGGUCAAACUUGACCAUUAAAGACGUGAGACAUGUUAUAGUCGAGUUUGGGACACGUGACAAUCUUUUUAUAUCAGAUUUUUUGUCUUUAUAACAUCACAAGCUCGCUAUAAUUCCCUCUUAUCGUGCCUGACCUCAAGCUUCUGAGUAUAAGAAUCAAGUCUUUGUUUAAUCAGCAACAUAAAAAAAACUGUCUCCUCACCUGCUCAGGGAGCAGAAGUAGCUGGUCGGUGUGUUCAGGAUCUGAAGACGCCGGCUUUUACCUAUCGGCCCGGCACAGGCGAGGCUACAGUCCAAUGACCAUGGAGAGAACUCUGGCUCUGAUCCACAUCGCCCUCACCUGGAGCCGUGAGCCGCUAACACUCAGUGACCUGCUAAGGUAACUACACACACACCUGCUCAGGUAAUAACAUGUCUUAAUGUUUGAUGAUGAUUCUAUCAGUGAUGAAUUAAUUAAUAAAUAUCAGUCCAGGUUAAAGGUCAUUCAAUGAAACCUCCCAAGAUAAAUCCCUGGAAUGUGCUGGAAACUGUUUAAAAGUCCUGGAACAGUAAGAUGGUGUGUUUGUUCUCAGGUUGGUGAACGAGGGUCACGUCCCGUUUGUAAAUGCUUAUAAAGAAUUUCCUGAAGAGAUGAAGUUCCACAGCAAAGACUCCCUCAUCUUCAGAGUCGAGGUCAGAAAUGUUUCAGCUCCCAAGUACUCUAAUUAUUACGUGAUCAAUAAUCAAAUUUGUAUAGUGAUUAAUACUCCAUAAUACUGAUGGAGAGUUUGAUUGAGGUGCGUUUGUUUUCCUCCUCAGGGCAUCCCAUCUUAUCAGCAUGCACAUAAGGAGGCUCAGAUUGUCACUCUGUUUCUCAAACUUCCUGCUUUUCCUCCAAUCAGCCGCCAGAACCUGCUGCAUCCCAGUCUGCUCAGUCUGCGCUACCUGACCGACAUUAAUCUACCCGGUAACAACAGAACAGCUCCUGAAUGUGCUACCAAUAAUAUCACUGAGAAGAUGACCGUUGAUGCUCGACACAUUUCCAGCAGCGAUGACCUCUCUGCUGUAUUUAAGCGUCAUACAUUAGUGCCUUUUUCUUGCUCAUUUGUUUGAUUUAAUCUUUUUCCAGAUGAUCUCCACCCGUUGCUCUGCAAGCUGAUGGAGAUCGCUGGCAUGGCGGAUGAAAAGCCCUACACAUACAACCCACAGACUUGUCCCUUCCUGCCAAAACACGACAUGCAGACCGCCGCCUUCAUCAUUGUCACCAUGAAGUUCGUCUUCGGCCUGGACGACCGCACUGAGUGGUAAAUUUAUAUUUUUUUAUCCUCAGAGAGACAUUGAACAGCCAAUCAGGGAGGAGGUCAGCUGUUUUUGUUUUUCAAGGAACUUUCAAAGUUUGUCUGUGGAAAGUUUUCACAUUUUUAAAGUAAAGAUUCCCUUUUGUUUCUUAAAUUUCAGGGAUUUAUCGUCUAAAGCAGGCAAUCGGGACAAAUCAGGUAAGCUCUACACCUUCAAUCUGAAUAUCCACAUGUCCUUUUUUUUUGUCAGAGUCGAUAAAUCUGAGUCAGCAGUAAUUCUGUUUCAGAACUCAAAUGUCACUUUUUCUCUUUGUUUCUGUUUUUAAAAGCUGCUGUUUCAAACCUGUUUAUGAUUCUUUAAAACAAAUCAUUAGUUUGAAUCCAUUUUUUAACAAUAAACAAAUCACAGAUGGAUCCUGAAUCCUCCGUUUGCUACAAGCAGACACACUGCUCAUCAUGAAUCGCUGAGAACUCAGAAAAACUCUAAAAGACGUCUUCGAUAUAGUAACGUGCACAGCAUAACAACCGUUUUAAGACAUUUUUCUGGUAAAAUUAGUGGUUUAAAAUAUGAGAGUAGUUUUAGUCAGGAUUUAUGUUUCAGCUCUGGAGCUGUGGUUGUCUGAUUUUUUACUGGUGUAAAAAAAGUUUUCACUGUUUGACAGGAGAUGGGUUCAGUCCGAGGCGUUGGUACAAGCUGCUGCAGGCGGCUCUGAUCCGAGCUCAGAACAAGAGAGACUACGACAUGGCCAGGUGAGACUUUCACAGAGUGACACAAAUACCCCAUCACCAGCAUCAUUAGCCAGUAAGAAAUACCUCUGACUUACAUGUAGAGCUUUUUGAGAAUUCAGAAGUUUCAAUCUCACCUCCUCAAUUGUUGAUAAAUCUGGAAAUAAAGCUUUUAUAAAAAUGAUGAUACAUUUCUCAGAUUAGUAGGGACAUGUCAAUCCCAGGUCCCAUGCCUUAAAGACCCACACUAAUGAAAAUCAUGUUUUUCUUGUAGUCUACAUGUUCAUAUGGCAUUUUUGCUUGGCAACAUAUGAGAAAACGAAGUGAUAAAUUGCAUUUCUGAGCUUUUCUGCUUGAAAAUCACUGUGAAUCUCUGACAGACCCAAACAGCAGGUUCAGAUACAGUGAGAUUUUCUCAUUUUUGCUAAUGAGCUACUGGAGCUCUGUAGAAGAAAAGCCCUUGAAAAUGACACAGGUAACACAAUUUUGGCUAAAAACUUCAUAAUCACGAUUUUAAGACCACUGAGAACACUUUACUUAGUAAAAAAAAAAACUUCAGAGUGAGACUUUAAUCAUCCCCUGCUUUUAAUCUUAGUGACUCUAAGUGGGACCAUAAUAUACAAAAAUAAUGAAACUCCAUAUUAAAGACGACUUAAAUUACUUGAUUUCUAUCUCUUACUAUUUCUUCUUAUUUUGUCUUGGCAGGAAACAGUGGAGGGCCAUGGUACCGCUCUACACGUACAAAUAUGACAGAUGCAAAGUGAUGAAAAGGAGAAGUAUGAAUAUGAGUUUCUGCCCAAUCCUCAUUUUUCAUUUCUAAUAUUGACUUGUCAAUGAAAUUUCUAUAGUCCUCUGGGUUUAUAAAACUUUCUCCACUCAGACAACAAAGACUGAAAUGAAUUACUAUAGAGUUUAGAAUCCAUCCAUCCAUUUUCUACCACUUAUCCCGUUAGGGGUCAUGGGGGACUUGGAGCAUAGACUGUAUAUAGAAUGGACGCCGUCUGUCUCCUGGCUGGGUAAAGCCUCUGCGAGAACAGCACCCUGUGGUGACAGGCUGCAUUAUAGGUCAUAAACCCCGCCUCCUCCAGCAAUCCUUAUGGACAAACCUUGGAAAUUUAUUACACGGAAUAUAAAUUUUUCUCCCCCCUGCUUGCAAUGUUGACAUGUAGUUACUGUAAGACUGCUUUAUACUCAAGUUCUCUUUUUUCUGUACAGCUACAUUUUUGAAAGUUAUAAGGGGUUCAUGUUUUCUAUGAUUGACACUUGAUACAGCCUAUGGGCGUACAAAGAUUGUGUAGCUCACCCGGGAGAUAUGCUGUUUGAGCCGAGCGCCAUCACAGUGACUCUGGCGGGAGGUUGAACCAAGUUGUCCAUAUUAUAUACAGUCUAUGGGCUGGAGCCUAUCCCAGCAUCAUGGGGCAAAGGCAGGAGACGCCCUGGAUAAGUCACAAGUCCAUCUCAGGGCUGACAAAUAAAGACGAACAACCAUCCACACUCACAUUGAUAACUACGGGCAAUUUGAAAGUGACCAAUUAACCUAACCCCACUUCUGCAUGUUUUCGGGAUGUGGGAGGAAACCAGAGUACCCAAAGUAAACCCACGCAGACAGAGGCAACAUGCAAACUCUACACAGAAAUGUCCUGACCCCGAUUCAAACCCAGGACCUUCUUGCUGUGAAGUAACAGUGCUAACCACUACAUCACUGUGCCACCCAGUUAAAAAUCUCAAACCAAAAAAAAAAAGCUGCAGGAGUCUGCAUCAUCUCUGAAGAACCAGAAAUCAGAUUUUUCUCAUCCCUCAUCCUGUGAACUGAAGCUUCCUGCGGCGUGAACCUGCUGAGUGUUUGUCUUUGUUUCUGCAGGGGCAGCAGAGCAGCUGCAGCUUUGUUUUGAGAGGCUUUCCUCCCGUCCAGCGGCUGCAGAACCUGUCUCUCCAUCCAGCUUCACAUUCUGUUGGGGGGACGAGGACGGAGCGGAUGGUCCCAGUAUGCACCACAUGAAGCUGGUUGGGAUCAGCCCGCAAUCAUCCUCUGACCCCACAAACUGGCACUCAGCAUUCCGACCCAGCGUCUGGUAUGUCAGCUGCAAGAAUGAAAACACAACACAUAAUGUAAACAGGUGUUUUUAAACCUCGACUAAGGUUAACCGACCUGUAUCAAACUCUGCUGAACCAAACUCGACUACCUGGAGGAAAAAUCCAAACUUGACCCCAAACUAUUAAAGGGAUAUUACGGCAUGAAAUUAAUUUAGGGUCAAACACACAGUAACCCGCUCGAGAGAUUAAUGUUGCCGACCGCUUCCUUCUCUAGUUAUACCAACUUUAGUAACGACCGUACGAUAGCAAUACACAGUGGUCUGAGGAGUCACACACAAACCUCAACCAAAACGCCACUCUAUAGCCACAAAUAAUGCUCAGAACAGCACCUAACUUCAUCAACAGUACAUAUAGGGUCCUAGCCACCAAACAUCUUUUUAACUUUGCCUGAUUUCUUUAGUGAAGAGACUAAACACAACUCACCCACUCUCUUCCAGCAGCCGCUUGUUUGUAGCGAGACCUCAGGCCAGUCCAUUAUGGACUGCUGCGGGGUGACUCAGCUCAAGGAAGAACAUUUAUGAUCAUUAGUUUAUCAUUUCCUUGAAGUAAUAAUCACCAUAUUAAUCAUUUUGCACUGCUGACUCGUUAGUUCUUCUGCCCUUGCGUCUCGGUCUAAUUGCAUUUCCAUGAAGUAAUGAUCAUAAAUGUUCUUCCUUGAGCUGCGUCCCUCCACCUCAGUCGAUGAUGGACUGGCUUGAGGUCUCGCUACAAACAAGUGGCUGCUGGAAGAGAGUAGGUGAGUUGUGUUUGGUCCCUUUGCUAAAGAAAUUAGGCAAAGAUAAAUAGAUGUUUGGUGGUUAGUGCUACAGCUGGGACCUUGUAUGUACUGUUGAUGAAGUUAGGUGCUGUUCUGAGCAUUAUUUGUGGCUCUAGAGCAGACCUUGGCAUUUUACGGCCAGAGGGCCACAUCCGGCCCUGGAUGUCCCUGUGCGGCCCUUCGUGAGGUCCGUCAAUCAAAUCAUCAACAUGCUAUCCAAGUGUGUUGCUUUUAUUUUGAAAACCGAGCCGUUGUUUUAUUUCCGUUUGGACGCACGUGCGUACAUCCUAGAUCUGCAUUCGUGAAGAGAUACCUGUUUUAUCAUCGGUAAAAUAUUCGUAGACUUCUUACAGUUGCCAAGUCUGCUUAUUAUAGAAAACUUUAGGCUUGUUCCUCACAGAAGUUGCUUGUAAAACUCGUGAGUCACGGAUGUGCUUUUUUGGGCUUGUUUUUUAUGUGUGGUGGUGACCCCCCCCCAACACAGUUCAGGGUUCUCAUGUGGCCCCAUGUAAACUUUAAUUGCCCACCACUGCUAUAGAGUGACUUUUUGGUUGAGGUUUGUUUAUGGCUUCUCAGACUGCUGUGUAUUGCUAUCCUGCAGUCGUUACUAAAGUUGGUAUAACUAGAGAAGCAAGCAAUAGGCAACAGUGUUACGGUGUCACUGUGUUUGACCCCAAAUUAAUUUUAUUUUCCGAAAUAUCCCUUUAAGAUAAGGAAAACUGAGUCUGAAUUCAUUGAUCUCUCUUGAUCGACUUUUCUCUGUUCUGUAAGAUUUCAGCUUCAUUAAAAAACACACUUGUAGUUUAAAAAUAAUGGAUUAUUGAGGGUUUGGUCAUUUAACCAUGACACUUCUUCUCUACAGGAAGUGUGGCUGUCGUUACGCGGAUGCCGAGGCAAUGCUGCCACGGACGUUCCUCUGGCUCUUGCAGCUCUUCAGUUUCCUGCUGGAUGUGAAGCCGAAGCACCUGUACCGUGAGGUGCUAAGAGUGGAGAGAUCAGUCUUUGCCAUGACGACCUGGAGGAAGAGGAGGAAGAUGACUAGUACUACGAGGAGGACCAGAACCAGGAGCAUGACUAGAGCUCACGCCAAGAUGUUACAGACAGAAAGAAGCGGAAGAUAAAAAGAAACCUUCAGCUGGUUGUUGUCAUGUCUUUAUCAGUGCAUUCAGGGACACUUGGACAAAAGAGUUCUUCAAGUUGACAGCUCCAAAGCUUCAAAUCUGUCAGUAUGUGGUCAGAAACUUGGACUUUCUUCAAAGUUCAUGAGAGAAGCGGAAAAAAGGUCACUUAAAUUUCAAACUUCAGAAAAUCAGAUAACAUAAAACUCUUCUAGGAGAGCAGAUUUGUGUCUUAAGUCUUUUUAUUUUUAUUUAAAUCAAACCUGAAAUGUUUGAUUAAAACUGAUUUUCUUGUAAAGAGCUUCAACAGAAAGUCACUCAUAGUUGUUCAGUUCUUUGUGGCUGUGGUUUCUUUAAAUAAAGCAAAUUUAGUGAAAAUACUGAAACCAGGCUGGUAAAUAUGACAACGCUCCACUCAAGCCUGUUUAAAAUGCAGGCAUGGGUAUGAAGCUACAUAAACACGCAGAAAAAUCCUCUGUCAUUGUUGAACGUUUAGUGGCUAAAAUUGAGGGUGAGUAAAAAUCACAUGUAUAAAAUCAUCAGACUCUCUUUCAAUCCCUCGGUUCAGAAUAAUAAAUUCAUUUCUCUUUUUUUAAUCCUCCUGGUUUGUCUUUGGUUCUGCAGCUGAACUCGAGACAAAGAAACAGCUGUGUGGUGCAGUGACAGAUGGCCACCAGCAAGGGGCAGCACACGCCCAGAGGAGCAGCAGGUUCAUUCAUACAGACUGAACACACUGCAGUGACGCCACAACAGGUACAAAUACACACUGAUGCAACAUGCAUGAUAUUUAUUUAUUUAUGUGCACAUGUGAGGAAUCUGCCUCCACGGGAUACAGACUCAAAAACAGCUGCUAAGGGGAAAUAUGAGGGGAAUACUCUCAGGAUUUGGGUGGACUACUUAGGGGGUUUUGCAGCAGUGUUUGUUUCUGGGGGAAAAUCAAGAUCAGUAUUUGGUCUGUUACUAAGUACCUAUACACAUACAAGGAAUCUUUGUGUUUAGGUGCAAAAGCAAUAAAAUUACAAAAGUAAAACUUGCAAUAUACAUGUAAAGAUAAGUAAAACACUUUUUCAUAACAGAAGUAUGAUGGGCAAGGUACCUUAGAAGUCAAAAUCAGUGAUUUCCAGGUUUUGGAGCUAGCAUUAAAGAAGAAUUUUUAAAACCGAUAUCAGUGCAAAUGGAAAAUCUGAAUGUUAACAGUUUAUCUAAGAAGUUGGUGAAGAGUGAAACAGUGCCUUUAAAAUUAAGAAUCAGGAUGCUGGGUUUGCUCAGCGGUUAAAUGCAAGAACUGAAAUGCUCUUUACACAGAAACAUAUUCAGAGGGAAACCAUAAACCAGUGUUGUGUUUUGGCUCUUUCUCUGCUCAGAAACGUCAGUUUGGGCUGCUGAGAUCACAAAGUUUUUAACCCAGUUUCCACAGUGGGACGACACGUGAGAAUGGUGACGUUACAGUUUAAUCUGCAGCCUGAUUUGCACAUCACAUUCCCACUAAAGCAGCCAUUCAUGAGGAGGAUCACUCUCUGAUUGUGCUUUCCCCAAAUAUUUGCACUCUCUACGCUCAGAGUAACAACCCCACUUCAUUGUCCAUCCAGACAAAGCUUUAGGUUUCCAUGCAUGUUCUUUUUUGUUUGUCCUCUCCGCUCUUUUGAAGCACCAGUAAGUGAACGCCUGUGGUGUUGCUCAGUGAUGUUGCAUUACUAUACCACUGAAUAACACCAUAUGAGAAGCACUGGCCUAAUGUGUUCAGUCUGGUGUUUUCUGCUGUUUUUGUGGUUCCAUGUGUAUGUGAAUAACUUUCAAAGCACUCAGGACAUUUACAUUUGUAUUUAAGUCGAGUUUCAUUGUAGGCGAUUUAACUGGACUGCUGUUUUGUCCCAGUUUAAAGGCAUUGAUAAAUUGACAGAGGUUUGUCCACCUUUGCUACCAUAAGUGGUGACAUGCCCCCUGAAUGCUUGUUACUAUUGGCUCAAUAUGUCAUGAACCAAAACCACCAACAAACAUGGUAGCAAUUGACUGACAAGAAGUAUGUCACACAAUAAAAACACUGUCAGUCAACCACUAUGUACCUUUUAAUAAGUAAGUUUGCCCUUUUUUUCCACAUUCCUUCUUCUGUCAAAGUUUUGUUUACUACCUGGCUUCCUUCAGCGCAUUUCUACUGUUAAGCUUCUGUGUCAAACCCUGGCGUGUAAACUCAGGAGCACAGUACGUUAGGCCAAAUACAGAGAGGAGAAAAUUGAUCUCCAACCACAUUAUCCAGGUAUGUUAGUCUAACCAUGAGAGGUACGAUCUAGUGUGAAUUUAGGUGUCUUUAGACUCAUUCCUCGAAACAAUGAUUCCAUUCCCUCUCUUUGCUUUUAGCUAGACGUUGUCCUCUGUUUGACUCUGUCCAGUGUCUGUCAUAUUAAUUCAUUUUGUGUUUUGUUUGUUUGUUGAGAGGGACUAGACAUGUAGGCUUUGAUUCAUCCAACUCUAAUGGAUCUGAUGCAGUGUAUUCUCCCAUGACUAAUUUUCAGUCUUUGUCUGUGGUGAGGGUUUUGAAAAUGUUGCAUUGACCCAAAACUGUAAGGAAAAGAAACAAAAAAUACUGUUCAAACACUUGAUAUUAAAUAUAACUGAGUGUACUAUAUAGAGCGACUAAAUGUCCAUUCAGAAUUUGGAUGGAACUACAAAAUGGCAGAUUUACUAUAAAGGGAGUAGUGAGUGAUUUUAGACAGUUGUUUUCAUCUUUACGGUGUAUCAAAAGACACUUUCAGGUGUCAGCUCAUUAAUUUAAAAAGUCUGAUUUGUCUCAGAGUGUGAUGUUGCAUUUGCUUAAAAUCACAGUUUUCUGAAUUAAAGAAAUUUUUGGUCCUUUUUUUA